GUCACACAGCCGCUCGCAUUAUGCUGCUGCUGAUACCGGUGAGUGAGUGUUAGCAACCAGGCUAAUGUGACAGGAGUUAUUUUCAUCUGGCUGUGACUGAUUUUCUUCUAUUAAAAUUUUCCUUCUCCGAGUAAACUUCAGUCUCUGGCUGAAGUUUGGAAUCAGUGCAGCGGUUGAUAUCAUCAGGCAGACGUCAGCAUGUUUAACCCUCAUCAGCACCAGCAGCAACAGCAGCAGUUUCAUCAGCAUCUGCGUCAGCUGCAGCAGCUGUUUCAGCAGCAGACGCCUCCUCCGCCACCGCCCCCUCCACCACCACCUCAGCCUCCCCCUGCCCAUCACAUGACCCAUCAUCAUCAGACCGCACGGUCUAUGGCUGUGCCCACCCAAGCACCCCCUUCUGCCCGUAUGGUCAACCUCUGCUCAGCCACUCAAACCAUCUUAGCACCCAAUCCCAUGCUGCAAGGGGCUCUGCUGAUGCAACAGAUGCAGGCUGGUGGCAUGCGUGGAUUCGCAAUGGGUGGACAGCAGUUCCCACAGUUCUUCGCUCCUGGAUCCAGAGCGUCUCUCCUCGGGCCUGUUCCAAUGGGAGUCGCCAUCAAAACUCCUCAUAUGGGAUACUCGCGACACUUUAACCCACACGCACGUUACUUCAGCAAUCAGGACUUUCAGUCACGUCAACAAGACAGAAAGAGAGACAUCGAACACAAACCUGCGGGGAGCAGCGACAGCCAAUCAGAAGCCAGUGGCAGCAAAGUUGAUAUAGCUGCAGGUGUUGCUGAUUCAGUGUGUCCAUCUACGUCAGACCAACCUGAAGAACCAGCAGCCAAAAAACAAAGAACAGAAGGGUCAGAGGAGCCGGUGGAGACCGAAUCGGUACAGAGUAGUGAAUAUAAGACUCCAGACCCUGAAGAAUGUACACUUCAGGAGGGAGGCAGUGUGGAGGGUCCAGUAGCUGCUGAAGCAGAUGAGCAGAGUCAAGUGGCCAAGCACAUUGAAAGCAACGAACCGUCAGUUAAGGAUACAGAGAAACAAAACAGUGAUGGUCAAGAUGACUCCACAGGUUUUGAUUCUGUCACUGAAAUGAAAGAGCCUACAGUCUCUGCCAAAGGCCCAGAGGAGCUCAGAGAUGAAGGAGAAACCUCCAACAAGUUCUUCUGCUAUAUUUGCAACAUCACUUGCCAUAACCAGCAGAAUUUCCAGAGCCAUAUGAACGGACUGAGCCACCAGCAGAAGAUGAUGGAGAUCCAGCACAUGAGUAACGCGUGUCUCGUAACACUGCUGCCACGAGUCCAGGAGUCUUUGCAGGGUACUCGUAAAGACGGAGAGAAGAGACCAGGCCUGCAGAGAUGGUGCUCCACCUGCCAGACUCACUUUACCAGCAAUGUCAUGGAGCAUCGCCGAACCAAGGAGCACAAGCAACAUAGUCGUUCGUAUACCACGAGCUGCACCGUCUGUAAGCAAGACUUCACAACACCCAGAGAAUUUGUGGAGCACAUGAAGACAAAAGAACAUAAGCAAAGAGUUGAGCAGCUGUGGAGAGAGACUGGCAAGGAUGGUGUAGAGGAGCUGAACACUGAGAUAUUAUUGGGCGAGGAGGAUGAUGACAUCAGCGAUGGCGAGAGGGAGGAAGAGGAGGAUGGGAAGGAGGGUCUGUCUGCCCAGAUGGAGGUCACCCUGGAAGAUCUGACUGAAGAGGAGGAGUUUGAUGCUGAUGUCAUGUAUGGGUCUAGUUUUGUGGUUCCCGUGGCUGGUUUCCUCUGUCGACUCUGUAAUCAUUUCUAUCAUUUUGAGUCUUCUGCUCGACACGGGCAUUGCAAGACCCUCAAGCACUUUCACAACUUAAAGAAAUAUAAAGCCUUUAAGAAACGUGAAGACUUGGGUUCAACCUCAAUAGAACCAGCAGACCAUGUCAGUUUAGAUGAAACCAUUGACGGAGAGUCCCUCAUCCAAACGUCAUCCCUUCAAAGCGCGCCGUCCCCAAGCAGUACUCUACAUCCUGUCAUCAACAUUACCAGACUAAACACCAGCAACCUGACCGACCAUCAGGAAACCAAACAGCUAUCAUCAUUAAACCAGGACCUGGAGGAAGCCCUCGGAGACGUUGCGCUCCCACAAGCACCCUCCGGAGCGAUCCCAGAGCAGGAGCACGUCGAGGAAGAGGAGGAGGAAGAGAGCUCCAACGGUCUCCCGGAGGUAAAGGCCGGCAGGGGCAGAGGCCGUGGUACCGUUAAGAAACGAGGAAGAGGAGGGAGGCGACGCUGAGACCGACAGCAUGUUUUGAGGAAGAGGAGAAGAUUAGGGCUGCUAUCGAUCCUGGGAGAGGAAUCACUUCACGCUCAGAGGACUGCAGUGAAAACACCCCUCUCUUUCCUGCGGUCUGGAAGGGUUUGUGCCACCUCUUACCCUGAUUGUACCUCGGUGAAAACGCAGGGAGCUGUGAUAGUGUGUUUGUGUGUGUUUACUGUAAUGUGUUAGGCAUCAUUACUCAGAGUACUGGUACUCUGAACCGACCCGGACUGCUUCUCGAUAGUUUGGGUGUUCAUCUCAAAACACAAUUUUGCAAGAUCACGUGUCGUGUGUGCUUCACGGCAAAAGUAAGAAAUAAGAAAACGAUGACUAUGGGUCAUGCAAAAAAAAUAUUUUUCCCUUUUGAUGUUGGGGUGAAAUAUGACCCUGUGCUUUUUGAGAUUGGGGCGCACUGAAGUGAAAGCUCUGCUUGCAGGUUUGAAGUGACGUAGAAUGUAGGCGAACUGUACUGAAUUAUUUUUUUUAACCGAAAGGUGAAAAUUUGAUUGUAGUUUUGUAUCCGGUGAGACUUCCCUGCUGUUUUAAAUCUAGUAAUUUAAGACCGAUGAGUGUGAUUUUGUCUUUUGAUAUUUGUACAACCCAACACAUCUGAUCUGGUUAACACAUUAGACUUUGAUCAAUCCAUUAGACAAACUGACAGCAAACUAUUAAGUGAGUUAUAAUAAACCUUUUUAAAAAUGAGUUUUCAAUGGAGAACCUUCACGUCUGAUUUAGUUUUAAAACUAAAAUAACACCAGCAUUUAACAUGUUUAAGUCUAGCUGUGAGUUGGAGAGUGGUUGAAUGGUUAACGCAUUGUGACCGACACGCAGUAUGGCAAGCCGUUAUGACUUUUAUUCAUUCUCAGGAUAUGAAUUCUUAAUGUAAUCAAUUCAAAUGUCACAAGUUAAAAUGUCAAUUGUUGAUAUCAAGAAUUCACAUUCGGAGAUUGAAUGAGUGUGAAUAAAAUGGCUUUCUGUAGCACAGUGUAUAUACAUUUUUAGGUGACAUCUCAUAACAGAAUAGUUGAUGGCAGAUGGGCAGGAUUGUGAGUUAUGGUAUCAGUGUUUUUUUAGAUCCUUACUGUUUUUAAAGUGUCAAAAUAAUUUUGAUGUUCAUCGCAAACCCAGCACACCCAACAUGCAGAUGAAAGUGCAAAAGCAAACUUGUUAAUUUAUAAAAUGUUUAUUUUAAAAUAAACAUAAUGUGUUACUCA